AUGGUACUCUCGGGCCAGAGCCGCAAGGGACGGGCACGGAGGGUAUAUGUACUAUUGCUUCGAGGGUGGUGGACGAAAGAGGAAGAGAGUGGGAUUAGGUGCUGCUCAGCGCAGGGCAAAUACCAACGGUGCUCCCUCGGAUCGUUCCCGAUGCUUCUAUCUGAUGUCAUCUAUUCACGGAUUUACAUCAACUGUCCGCAUGUUAUCUCCAGCACCUACUUCAGUGCAGCGUACAGAGCCCAGCAACGCUCGGACUCUCUCAAUCCUUUUGCGCGCAAUGACGUCCGCCCAGUCCGCUUCGACCUAUUCAACGCCGUCACCGUGACACCCUCUUCUGCGGCGUCCUCGUGCCCUCUUGUCCUUCUCACCACUCAGCGAUAUCGAAUUUCCCCAGUCACGAGGCCGAUCGUGCGGGAUGUACAAAUGUGCAUGGCAGCUUAGCCGUCAAACGCUCAUCCUCUGUCGCCUAGGACAUGUAAGCUUAUUGGCUUGCCAUGUCUUCGGUGGUCGGCGCGAUUAUCCUCAGUUGCCUUCAAUUCUCUUACCCCUUCUCACCCUUGAUUUCGGUUUUGUAGAUAAGACUCAAGCUGGUCUAGAGACGCGAUGCGGAAGAGUGUCGCAAAACGGAUGUGACUCGUUCACAAGUUAUCCCUCGUUCUAUUCACUCGUUGGCUAGGUGGUUCUGCACAAUGAAAGUUAGAAAUCGUACAACACAGUCAAAGCGCCAAUUCGCUGUUUGCUAGUUCUUCCAUGUAUCAUUGAUUCCUUCGUAGUCACCUCGUUCUCUUCUAAA